AUGUUUGUCACAAAUCAAAUCAACCCUCCAAUCCCUCCUCCCGCCGCCGCUUACUUGUCUUCUCAUUCUCCUGGACCUUGGUCUACCGGGCUCUGCGAUUGCUGCAACGAUAUUAGCAGUUGUUGCUUAACAUGCUGGUGUCCAUGUGUGACGUUUGGUCGGAUAGCAGAAAUUGUUGACAGAGGAUCAACUUCAUGUGGCGUGAGCGGAGCACUAUACACAUUAAUAAUGUGUGUGACGGGUUGCUCGUGUUUAUACUCGUGUUUUUAUCGAUCCAAGUUGAGAGGGCAGUAUUUCUUGAACGAAAGCCCCUGCACAGAUUGCUGCGCCCAUUGCUAUUGUGAGGAAUGUGCUUUGUGUCAAGAAUAUAGAGAGCUUAAGAAACAGGGCUUUGACAUGUCCAUAGGGUGGCAUGGGAACAUGGAGAGGCAGAAACGAGGUACCAGACAGCCUCCAACACUGCAAGUUGGUAUGAACAGAUAGAGCAGAAGGACAAGCUUCACUUAUAGCACAGAUUUGUAAUGAUAAACAUAUUAUUUUUACGUACAUGACUAAGUAUAUAUGUUGCUCAUUUAGACCGUGAGGAUCAAUCAUUUGGGGUUUAAUUUUCAAGGUUUAGACCUUCAAUUUGUACUCUGAUUUUAGCAAUGGUCCUUACAAUUGCUGUGUUGUUAAAGGUAGAAAUGAUAUUGUAAUUUGGUUUGAGGUCUUGUACUUGUGCCUAGCCGCAAUGUUGCUCCCA